CUCGGCACAAAUGUGCUGCAGAUGAUAAAAGCCUUCUCGUCAACCGCGGGCCCUGGCCUGAGGGCGACCUUGAAAUGCUCAUCUAUUUGCAGAUCAUUGCUGAAAUCUUUGCAAACGGCGCAUCUUCCGCGGCCCAGUGGCUGUGGGGAGCAGCAGGGACGCACAACACCACAAAAAAUAUCCUCAUCAAGAUACAGCAUCAGUAGUAUUGCAGCUUUAUGCAGCUCGCAAAGUGAUGACAGCAUGGACCCAAAAGCGCAGGCGGUCCUGGAGUACUGGCUCGGGGAGGACUACAGAAGUCACUCUCCUCAUUUCCAAGACAAGGAAAGGGUCAAGUUGUGGUUUGGUGGUGGAGAGGCUGUUGACAAGGAGGUCAAGGAGCGUUUUGGAGCAAUCGUGGAAGAGGCAACUUCAGGGGGAUUGCGGCACUGGAAGCGUGGCUAUGAGGCCCUGGCUGGAGUCAUUCUCAGGGACCAGUUCACCAGGAAUGUGUUCCGGGGCACACCAAGGAUGUUUAGCCUCGACCAGGAAGCUCUCUCCCUGGCCAAGAGCCUAGUGGAGUCUGGGGAGGCAGGGCAGAUCAUACCGCCGCACCGAGUAUGGCUCUACAUGGCCUACAUGCACAGCGAGGUUCUGCAAGACCAGCAGGACUGCGUACGGCUGUUCCAGGAGCUGGAGGCCGAGUGCCGGCGGCUGCCGGGGGGCGGCGAACCGAUGGCGUCCCGAGCAGCCGACAAUGCGCGCUUUGCAAUUGCACACGAGUCAGUGAUCAGUAAGUGGGGCCGUUUUCCCCACAGGAACGCUGUGCUGGGCCGACAAAGCACGGCCGAGGAGGCUGCCGGGCUGCAAGAUGGGUCCAUUCCAAGAUUCUAAAGGGACAGGUCCAUCCCCCGGUUUUGAAGGGUGGCUGGCAGCUGCCUCUGUGGCAGUUGGAGUGCGUUGGGAAGCUAUAGAUUUACAGCUUGCCAGAGAGCUAGCAGGCAUAUCCUGCCAGGAAUGGAAAGAUCAGGUGUUAGAGCAUGCAGUCUGAUAAAUUGGCAUUAUCCAGGAGUAGUAAGGGCUGAGAGUCAAUAACGGCAUGACCCAAGGGAGCAGCUAAAUACUGUUCUUGCAGGAUUUCUACAUAGACGCAAUCUGGUUGACAGUUGGGGGUGGCAUGGAAACUCAAUCUGAGGAACAUACCGUGUUUGCUUUGGUUAAUGCUGAACUGUAAGUCCAAUGUUGUCGAUGACAAGCAA